AUGGCUCCGUCGCCGGAGAUGGCGGCGGUCGCCGACCAGCUGGUGGACGCCGCGAGGAUGCAGUUCGGGCCGUCUCCGCUGCCGUACGCCGAUGCCGCCCGCUGGAUGAUCCGCCACCACCUCCUCUCCCUCUCCGACAUCUUCCCCGCCUUCCGCGCCGCCCUCUCCCCCUUCGUCCACAACGACGGCCGCUCCGCUGUCCUCCUCCACGUCCACGGCCCCAUCCCCACGUAUAUCCCGAUCUCCGUGUGGCUUGUCGAGGCUUAUCCUUACGUCCCCCCCUUAGUUUACCUCUCCCCGCCCUCCGGGACCGCCGUCGCUGAUAAACAUCCUUUCGUCGACCCCUCCGGCACCGUGUUCAGCCACUACAAUCUCUCAUGGACGUUCCCGAGCUCCAACCUCGUCGACUUGGUCCGAGACCUCUCCGUUCUCUUCGCGGUGCACCCUCCGUUGGUCGCGUCCUACGACCUGAAGGACGACGUCGUAGCAAAGAUCCUCCGCGACCUCGAUGCGGGGAAAGCCGACACCGAGCGGCUUUUAACGACGCAGACCGAGAUGAGGCGACGGCACGAAGUGUUAGAAUGUUUGAUAAAACAGAUGAUAGGUGAGGUUGAGGAGGCGGAGGAGCAGCUGCAGACGGCGGCGACGAACGUCGACGUGAUGGAGAGCUGGGUGAGGGAGAGCAGGAGGAAGAACGACGUGUUAAACGGAGAGGUCGAUGCGGAUGACGUGUUUGGGGCGUGCGAUGAGCCGUCGCAGCGGCUCAUGGAGAGCACGGCGGCCGACAUGGCGGCGGAGGACGCGAUGUACGCGCUGGACUGCGCGCUGAGGGAGCGGCGCGUGCCGGUGGACGGGUACCUGAGGAGCGUCAGGGAGCUGGCGAGGGAGCAGUUCUUCUUCCGGUUCGCGUCGCGGAGGGUUUGCGAGGCGAGAGAGGUGGAGAGGCCGGGUGUUGGAAGCGCUCGGCCGGCCGUAGUGGCGAAAUAGUAAAUUUAUGGGAUGGUUGCGUGGAGAGGGCAAUCAGCUGUUUUGCAAGUGGUAACAGAAUCAACAGUUAAA